AGGUCGUCCGGCAGGCCGGGUUCGUUCUACUUUUUACCGUCUUAAGUCACCUGCACACGAGCGCGCGCGCGCGCGCCUUCAAGGCUCUCCGUUUUUGCACACCGUUUUCUCUCGCAGUCUUUAAUAGCAAUAAUGAUGUACGCUUGUUACAACAGCAAGUGGUUUAAUGGUUGUACGUACCUUUGAACUCUCUUUCGCUCGAUAAUAAUUAUGAAUUAGGACACCUCACAUGGAAGCACGGGCUAACUCGACAGUGUUCGGCAUCAUCACUAGAUAUUCUCUUCUCCUUAUCAUCUGGCAUAAGGGUCAAGUACCAGUGCAUACCGUAGGAUAGAAAUAUGAAUUGAAAUUACGAUUGAAAUUCUAAAACCCCUUUUCGCUGUGCCGUGGAAUGUCUGUUAGCUAGCCUGUGUUUGGGUUUGAUCGCUGCUUUGUGACGAUCGAUACGAUCGAGUGCUUUUUUCGAACCCAGUUCUGGUCCUUUUUGGAGUUUCCAUUGGGCAGUAGUGUAAUGGAGAGACAAAAUAUAUAUCAAACCUGCAUCCCGAGAACAAUAACUAGUUGGAUACAUGAUUAGGAAUAGGAAUUAGUGCCACAAAAACAUACUUACACACACACUGGACCCGACACUACUCACCGUUUUGACCGACACUCACAAAUACACACAUUUGCUAGCAAAAAAUAUAUUUCUCUACAUUGGUGUUCCCUCAAAGCACAUCCAAUCGAACAGCAAGAAAUGUAUGUUACUGCUUUACGAUGUCAAUUCCCGAACAAAAAUCAUUCAGCAAAUGGCCGGCCAAACGUCGAUCACACAGGGCCACAGAAGAGUAACGUGAAGAACGGAAAGGGCGUUGUGGUUGAAGUGAAAUUGGUUGGAUUUAAAAAUGAAGAUGGAAUAAACAUCAGAAGGCAUGCAAAGUACUACAUAUGCUCUGCGUAAAAGUUUCACAUGAUUGUUGCAAUACUGGCGCUCUAGAUGGCAGUCCGAAAAUGGUCUCGUAACCAUAGAUAUGCGAAGGUAUUUUGAUUAUUUGCCUGUGCAGCAUAAAACAAAUCAUGGCCGGUAAACAACAGUCGGACGCGCGCUGGGAUGGGAGGAGGGGAUGUAAAUGUCAUCGUGAGCAAACACACCCAACAUACCGAAACAUCAACAAACGCAAACAAGGGCGCCAAAAUGGCUACAGCUACGGAAAAGCAGGAAAUAGACGUCAUCGUCGAGAUGAUGGAGAUCUACAUCAACUCCAUCCUGUACAAGCGCAAACUCUACCCCGAGGCAAUAUUUCGCAUCCGCAAGGCGUACAACAUCCCGGUGUACAUUUCCAUCUACAGCGCGCUGAACGACUACAUCGCGCAAACGUUAAAAGCUGUCCGGGAAAUGUUACGAAACCGCAAGGUGCGACGGCUGGAAGUGAUCCUCUUCGAGGAGGAAGACAAUCCCCUGGAAAGCUACGUGUUCAACCUAGACUACCAGCGGCUGGCGAGGGAGAGCGAUGAAAACAUGAGCGCGUUUGAGGAGGAGCUCCGACAGUCGUUGCUGGCGCUGGAUGCUCGUAUGAAGAAUUUAAAGCGCUUGCCGGAGAGUGCGGACGUUAAGUUCAAAAUUUUGCUGCACACAACGGAAUCGGCGUACGUGAGGAUCGGUAACGAUCCCCGCCUGCAGAGCUUCCCCUUCGUGAAGGAGGUGGCGGUGCAGGAGGCGGAUGAAAAGUCCAGAAUCGAGCUGUUGCCGGUGUUGCAGACGUCCUGCGUUGGGGUAAACGUGUUUGUUGAAGAGUAUGGUAGGAUGUGAUACGCGUACGUGUUGAACUGAAUUGUAACGUGUAUGGUGUGGUCAAUUACUGUAAUAAAUCAAGCACUUUUUUAAAUUCGUUGUGUAUG